AUCAAUCGGUCAAGAACGAUUGACGAGCGCAGUCAAAAAAAAUAAGCCAACUAAAAGCUAAAGACUUUAGAACAGCAAACCAGUGUAUUGGCUAGCACACACACAACCAAAGUGUGAUAAUCAAAAUAAAAAGAAGAACUAAAACAAUUAAAGUGUACGCGUACCGUGAAAAUUAAAAUAAUUGGAAAAACCCAGAAAUUAAAACCCCAAAAUCAUAUAAAUAGUUAAAGUUUUGUUUGUCAUAAUUUUAUUGGCAACCUAUAGAAACAAGUUUCUGAAAUAGCCGCAUUUAACGAACUAGUUUCCGAGGCGACGAAAAAACUAUACCAAUUUGCAUAAAUAAAUAAACCAGCAAACAUAAACGCUGCCAAUCUUGACGAAUGCGUUGGAAUUUUUCUACCGAAUAAUACAUAUAGCGCUGUAUGCGUACAUAUGUAUAUAAAUUCUUAUUAGAACCCCACACUCAACAAAAAAAACGAGAGGGAGAGAGCCGAAAGCCCCAAAGCUUAGGCUCCGCUCUCUGGGGCGCUCGCCUCCAUCGAUCAUUUGUUCGCUUGGCGCUCAGCUGCUCGGUUGAAAAUCGGAAAUAAACCGCAAAAUUGACAACAAAACGCGAAUCAAAGGCACCAAAAAGCAAACAAAGCUAAUCUCAAUUUGUUGUAAAUUUUUGCCAUUAAUUUAGAAACGAGUUUCAUAAAAAUUAUUGAGUGCCAACCCGCAGUAAAUGUGCGGAAUAAUAAAAAUAAUAAAUUAAAAACGACUUUUGCGGCCGCUGAUAAGAUUUGCCCCUUAUCAAAAUUCAUAUAAACUAAGUGUUUAGUUUGGUAUAUUGUGCUUUGGAUGAUAUACUAAAAAUGUGCUUCAUUAUAAAUAAAUUUUCGUUUUAAUCGCCACAUGUGUGACCUAGUUAAAAAACAACUCACACUUACGCAUGAAAUAACAAUGAAAUUUACAUAUAAACGUGGACCUCCUCACCACGCAUAAUAAUUAAUAACGAAAAGCGAAAACGAGGAUGAGGAAAAAUUAAAUAAAAACAAAAUUUUAAUUAAUUUGUAAACACCGUGAGAGGGGAAUGUUUAAAUUGUGUGCAUUUAAUUGAAAAUCUUCGCGGAAGUAAUAUAAAAACGCUUAUACAACAAAUCAGUACAGCAUCAUUUUCUGCCUUGUUUAUACUCAACGAGGUGUAAAAAGGAAAGAAGCAGAUAAGAUACCACAAGUAAACAUCGGGCCUGGGCGCCCAACUGAAGAAGGAGAGGGAGAAGUAGCUACAAUCCUAGAGCAGAGUGGGAUCCCCCACGAAAUACAAUGACAGAGAAUCAGCUGUAUCCCAUGUCAUCGGAAUUCUUUGACACCGGCUCCAAUAGCAGCAGCAACACACUCAAAUACGAUCUGUAUUCGCUGGGUUCCACUGUUGUGGGUGCGGCCCUGCCCACGUUGACCAUUAACACGGGCUAUGGCAGCAGCAGCAUCAAUAGCAACAAUAAUAACAACAGCAACAACAACAACAGCAGCAGCAGCGGGAGCAACUGCUCCACCAGUACCACAAAUACCUGUAAUGUAAUGCUAAGUACAACGGCCAUAACAAUACCACGCAGCAGCAAUCACAACCAGAGCCAUCAUCAUCCGUAUCAGCAGUCGGAUUUGCAGACACCACGACAUCAUCCCAGUCCCCUACACACACUACCCAGCAUGACCCACCAGCAGCAUCAUCUUCAGCAGCAGCAGCAGCAGCAACAGCAACACCAACAUAGCCAACAGCAGCAGCAGCAGCAACAGGAGCAGCUGCAGCACUCGCAUUUGGCGUUGGGGGAGCUAUCGGACUUUGGUCUAGAUGCCCUCGAUGCCGCUUCUCUUUCACCCACCUUGCUGCAGGAUGUAAGCCUAAGUGCAGCUUCUCCACUGAACUCCACUCUCUACAAUGGCAACACCAGUGGAGCAGGUAGCAGCAAUGGAAUCGGAUCAGGCGGUGGUGGCUACUUUGCACCCGAUAUGUCGCACACCCUCAGCCUGAACGUGGUCAGCGAACAGGUUCUGCUCCAGGAAGCCGUUGCCCAAAAUGAGUUGCUCUACGAGAUGACACCCAACUCGAAUGCCAUGUGGAGUGAUAUAAGCAGUGCCAUUAUACACACCAAACACGAGCCAUUCAGCCUGGACGAUGACUAUAUAUUUCCCAACGACAAGGCCGAGAUCCAGGCGGCCGAUUUAUCCGAUCUAAAUGGUGGCGAUUUUCUGGAUGUCAUUGGGAACAUUGAGGAUUUCUUGCCGCAGACAACAGUCUCUCAAAGUGUCAAUUUCCUGCUGUCGCCGCAGACCCACGGACAGGAUGCCCUGGUGGCACCGCCCAUGGAACUUCUACAGCAGCAACAGCAGCAGCAGCAGCAGAAUCAACCAAACCACCAACAGCUGCAGGUGGGCAGCCUGCCGCAGUUGCAAACGCUGCUUACGCUUACACAGCAACAGCAACAGUCGAACAGUUCCUCCACUAGUCCGUAUGAGAUCUAUCAUAGCACACCCCAAAAGCCACAGCAGCAGCAGCAGCUCUCCGCCAGUUUUUCUCCGGGCAGCCAGGCCUCCCAAUCGCCAUUGACCCCACCGCCACCGCCGCACGCUAAUCGUCCGCAAUACCAGAUGGUAAAGUCGCGCAACAUGCAGGAACUGAUUAAGAAGGGCCUUCCCAUGUCCUCGCCACCGGAGCGCUCGAUCCUCAGUCAAUCUGCAGCAUUGAGUCCGGGUGGUAGCAGUGGUUUUGGCAGCUCGGCAUCCGGAAAUAGUACAAAUACCAGUAAUCAGGCAGCGGGAUCGAGUGUGCGCAAAUCCUUUGGCUACCAAAGCGCCGCUGAGAGCUCACAGCUGAGUCGCCUCAGCUCAUCGGCUCCCACGCACCUGGGCUUGGAGCACAUUUGGAUGCGACGUGAGCCGCGGCAGCAUUUACUAUCCACUGGCUCGCUGGCCGAGGCCGAGAGCUUCUCCUCGUUGAGCACGGGCAGUGUGUUGUCGCCGGAUGGCAUCGACUUCUCGCAGGACGAUGAGGAUGACAAUUCGAGCGAGAACAGCGAUAACUAUGAUGACUUUAGCAGCGAUAACGGACUAUCUGGGGAUGAGGACGAGACACGCACUUCGACGCCGAAUCACUUGUCCAGUAGCAAGGGCAAGGAGCGCUUCUUCUGGCAGUACAAUGUCCAGGCCAAGGGACCUAAGGGCAAGAGGCUCGUUUUUCAAUCGAAGCUCGAGGAUCCGCAUGUGUUGAACGAGGUGACAGACCCCGUCUUCAGUCCCACUUGCUCUGUGCGUGGCAUCAAGGUCUACAAGCACAGCGGUAAGGCCCGCAAGGGAGAUGGCAACGAUUUGACCCCCAAUGCUAGGAAACUGCACAACAUUGGCAAGGAACUGGACAAGCUGAGCCGCACCAUCAACGACAUGACCCCAGUGUCCGAGCUGCCCUUCAAUGUGCGCCCAAAGUCGCGCAAGGAGAAGAACAAGCUAGCCUCACGGGCCUGUCGCCUCAAGAAGAAGGCCCAGCACGAGGCCAACAAAAUAAAGCUUUUUGGCCUUGAAAUUGAACACAAGCGCCUCAUGAAUGGCAUUGCCGAGCUUAAGCAGGCCUUGGUCGUCAAGAAUCGCACCAAGAAUCAGGGCGAAUCCACCGAGGAGCUGGAUCAACAAAUUGCACGCAUUUACGCCACCGCCUCAUCUGGAAUUCGCAUUGCGGGUGGUUCAACGGAUUUCGUUAAUAAGGUGCUGGAGAAUAUGCGCGGUGGCAUGCCGAACGGAGGCCUCGAGGAGCUGCGCAAAUCGUCGUAGACCAAAAACAUAAUAUGUCAAGCUAACGAACCGCCCAUCAAGAUUAGUUUUAACGAGUUUAGUCACUUAAAUGUCCUAACAACAGUACCAACCAUACCCUCACUACCAACCACUAAAAAUACAUUCUGUGACAGAAUGGCAAUUGAAUACGAAAUGGAUCAAGUCGGUGGAAGACAAGAAACAUAUACUUUCAAAUUUCAGAUCCGACGACGAUAAAUCGGAAUCGCUCGUGAAUUAUCCUGGCUGAGCCUCCAUCCUUCCUCAAAACAAAACUUUUUGUUCAAUUGUUCUGCUUGAGUGAUAUAAUAUUGAUAACCGAGAUAUAACUGUGAUUUAAAGAGCCUGGGCUUUGUAUGUUUUGUAUGGCUGGAAAAAGAAGAUUAUAUUUUUUACUUUUUUGCGACCACACCGAAACCAGAAAACCAGAGCUAAGCAAACGUAAACAAACGUAAACAAAAGAAAAACAAAAUUCAUUUUGAAAAUGCAACAUUAACAAAUAGAAAGAAACAAAAACAAAAAACCGAAAAGAAAGAGGCAACCACAAAACUAACUGAGAAGAAAAGUGUAAACUACAAAAAUUUUGUUUAGUUAUUAAGAUUGUUAAGAAACGGAGUGUUGGAUGAGCAAAUGAAUUUGGAUGACUUCGCUACAAGUUUUACCUGUUAAACGAAUAAGGGCUUAAAUUCAUUUGAUCCGAUUGGAAAAGAAGUAAUAUGGAAUGCUAAAAACUAUUUAAAAUUAAGUUAUAUACAACUGCGAUUUAUCUGUUUAAGUUUUUAAUGCUAUAUUAACGCUGCAUAAUUUGGUUCAAUGUUUUAGUCUUAGGUUUUUACAUUUAACUCAAUCUGGAGAGAGAGCUUUUAUAUAGAACAUAUUUACCUACAUAUUAGAUCUAUCGGUAAUACUAAUUGUUUUGGCCCUCAUUCAAUAUAUAUAUUACGGUCUUAGGUUGUCGUUUUUAAGUUUUCCAUUUUGUUAAAGCAAGUUUGAUUGUUUCCGAAAAUGAAUGUUUUGCGAAACUUGAUUAAUUUACUUAUAUGCUAUAACUAUCUUUAUAUAUACAUACAUGCGUGGUGAUAUAAUUUUAAUUUCUCUUUUUAUGCUUUUAUUUCUGGAUGUUAUUUUUAGAUUUGAUUCAUGCUUGAACUCUAUAACUGAGAAUGAAAUAAUUUUAAGUUUUUCUAUUAUCCCUACGAUUUGCUUAUAUGAAAUACCUUCAAUAUAAAACAUAAUUUAUUAAUUUUUAGGCACACAUGAAAACAUUUUAAAGGCUUCAGUUUUACUUUUCACUUACGGGCUACUCCAAAAAAAAUAUAAGAAAACACCAAACAAAAAGUAAUACAACUUUGAGUUUUAUUCUAAUUUGCAUUAUCGAAAAGAAUAAUUUUGCUCUGCUUCGAUGCUAAUUUUGUGAUAUUUGUAUUCAAAUUUUCUUUGUUGUGUAGUUCUUUGGGGCGGGUUUCUCCUCAUAUGCGUUUUAUUUUCCAUUUACUAUUUGUAGCCUUUCUUACUGCUAUUUGUUGCUUAACGUGUUGUGUUCAAUUGAUAUCAAAAGAAUUAACUUUCGAAAGGAAAACUACAUUCUAACUGAGGGAAACAAAAACAGAUCGAGAAUGAGAACGAAACUACAAAAUACAAAAGUGAUUCAAGUUAAAAACUUAGAACUUAGGUACUCGUAUCACCCACAGCGAUGAACACGUGAACAUAACAAAUUGUAGUUGUUAACCUAGGCUUAAACAAAUAUAAAAAAGAACCGAUUGAGCGCACAUAAAUUUAAAUCAACACACAAAAUUGGCCAUCAGUUUUUAGGGUUUUCAAAUUCAUGUCUUGGGAGCUUAACCUCAUUACAUAAGUGAUAAGAAUUCAAAAUUAAAAUGUAGAACUUUAGAAAUACAUCGGGCAUGUGGAUACCCCAUAUAUAUACACUCACACACAAAGUACAAGCGAAAGCAAAAAUACAGAGUAUGUAUGCAAUAUGCAUAUAUCAUAUUUAAGUCAGGUGCUUAGGAUUUAGGUUGGCUUUGUGUAAAAAGUAUCGAGUAAAGCAAACAGAAUUCAAGGCGAAGCAGCAUUGAAAUAAGCACGACAGUUCCUCAGUGUUUAAUAUUGUAUAAUUAACAUAUUAAAUAUAUAUUAAAAACAAAAAAUGUAUACCUAAAUGUUACGGAUAUUGUAAAUGUGUGUGCUUUAUAUAAAUGUGCUUCAGAGAAAACAACUUUUAUAUACAUAACGAAACUAAGCAAACUACCUCAAAACACGAUGAAAAAGAAGUUCAAGUUUCAUAUUCGGUAGAGAAGCAGAAGAAUAACGAUUUGAAAAGUAAAUAUAAUUUAUAUAAAUAUAUAAAAACCAAGAGCCUGAUUCAUGUGUCCAUUUAAAGCAUAUAUAUCUAUAUUAAUAACAGUGCAUAAUAAUGUAUUUUCAAAUUCUUUAAAAUUAGGAAUGAUACGACAAAAAAAAAACAAAUUCAAAUUAGAUAGUUUUUCGGUCCCCCGAAUAGUUAACGCACUUGAUUUAGCUGCGGAGAACAGACAACGAAACUCAAGUACCAUUAACAAGUGCGUUUUCAGAACCAAAAAACGGAAAAGAAAUUAAAAUGACACAAAUUAUGAAUAAAAAAUUAUAAAAACAAAACAACUGUGUUGAAAAUUGAAAAUUUUGUAUGCAUAUGCAUUAAGCAAAAAUUAAAGGAAAGCUAAAACAUAAAUAUUAUGUCUAAAUAAACAGAUGUAUGUACAACAAUGGAAAAAUUGUCUAUAUAUUACAAUUACAAAAUACAUACCAAAUUGAUAACAUAUUGAUGAAAUAAAAUAAACAAUGCGAAAGCGGAAAAACGAAA